AUGAUAAGGGUGUGUGGAGGCUUAUCCAACAAUAUUUACGAAGGAAGGGAUUUCCAUUCGACGGUCAUGAAUCCUGUGCUUGAUAAAGACGAUGCAGCACUCAGCAGUCUACUUGAAAUUACAAAUUCUGAAGCUAUGGACACUCCAAUAGACAGUGAUGGACGCACUGCCAUUUUGGUUGCACAUGCACCAUCGUUAGAGCAAUUGCUUAAGUCGUGGUCCGAAAGAACCGCAAACGAACAUCGAGAGAAAGAAAAACAAGGUCAAAGAAUGGCUGAAGAAGGCAAAGCUCCAAAUGAUAGAAUAGAAUAUGGAGAACGCAAACAGUUUUCUCCACAAAGCAAAAGCGGCAACUGUCUGGAAGACCAUUUACAAAACAAAAUUCAUCAGACCACAACCAACUUUCGAUCUUCCAUAGAUAAUGAAAACAACGUAGAUCAAACCAGAACAAGCACUUCCAGCACUACGAGCCCGAGAAGAAAAGUGUCGUCUAGUGAAUUCGAUUAUGAACAAUUUUCAUUUCACGAUAUGCCCAUGGAUAAUACUGGAGCAAUGGAAGAAUGCGAACUCUUAGAAAUGGGUGAUAUGAACGAGAUGUGCUAUUCGUUAUCAGACUAUGACCCAGAAGAUGUGAUACAGAUGGAACGUCAGUUGGCUAGUAUUGAAGCUGACAAGCUCACAACUGCUAUAAACAAUGAUUUUCUUCUCGAGUCUUUUCAUGCCGCUUCGGACCUGAAGAGGGAACUCAAUGGUAAGUUUUUCCAGAUUACAUAG